GUUGUGACGCGUGGUGGCCGAGAGGUGGCUUGUGCCGGCGGUGUGGUGGUGUGGUGGUGAGCACUGGCCCAGGUCCGUGCGGUCUAGAGUGCCCCGGUGUGUGGUGGUGUUAGUGGGUGUGGUAUAGUGGGUGUGGUGUUGGUCGUGGUGUUGGUGGCGGUGGUAGUAGUGGUGUUGGUGGUAGAGGCGGUGGUGGUGGAGGCGUGGAGUCCCACCCUCCAGCCCCUCCUCAGCCGCCUCCUCCUGCUGCCCAGCCCUCCACACGACGGCCUCACCACGGCUUCUGUCCUCUCUACAGUGCCAAGAGCCAGAGGGUCAGUGUGGUGCCACAGUCAUGGGAUGACCAGCGUCAUGGCAGCAACACAACGCUUCGGGCUGGCGCCAGGGGAAGCCCGGAGAGGGGCGGGGUGACGUGGUCCUUGUGAGGAGCCCCUGGGGCGUCCACGACCCCCAGGGGAGGAUCGCCCCCCGGCGACCCACGUGACACGCGCCCACGCCCCGCGCCCACGACCCAUCAUGAACAUCGCCAAGCUGCGGCACACGUUUAUGCGGUCUCGGACGCCUACGGGCGCCGAGAUGAAGCAGCAGAACAGCUUGGAAGUGCCGCCGCAGAUCCGCUCUGCCUCAUUCGACGAAAUGCAGCUCAAGCCGGGUCGCCGCGAGUCCUCGUCGUCGUCCUCAUCCCCGGCGGAGCGGCAGUCGUUCCUGCUGCGCGUGCCCUACCUGGGCCCCAAGCGGUCCAAGAGCUUCGACUCGGGCUGCGGCGACGUCGACGACUCCUUCGCCUCCUCCCGCAAGAGGAGCUCGCGGCCCUCCUCGCUCGACAAGGCCAGCCAGCAGUGCGUGCACUGCGUGUACCUGGAGGAGCUGUCCCGGCGCUGCGACUGCGACGGCAGAAGAAUCCCGUACAACAUGUCGCUGGACUUCGUCAGCAGCCUCGAUAGCUCGCGGGAGGAGGCGGAGGACGAGGACGAGGAGGACUGGGACGAGGACAGCUCGAGCGACGAGCUGCACGAAGUCAUCUGCGGGAUCAAGGUGACGCUGAGUCCGAACUCGCCGUCGUCGGCGUCGCCCACGCAGGAGGAGGUCUCGCUGCCGGCGUCCACGGCGUCCUCGCCGCGCAACAAGACGGCGUCGCCCAAGCUGGAGCGGCAGCCCGCCAUCUUCCACAUGAACACCAGCACAGAGCUCAGCUCGCAAGAAAACAGUUUCGACCUGAGCGACGGAGGCUACAGCCACCACGGCUCCUUCCUGUACCUGGGCUCCUCGAGCGAGUACGGCACGGGGAGCAGGCGGGGAGCACGCGCAGGAGCAGGGGCGGCCGCAGAGGGGCAGGGGGCAGGGCGGAGCAGCAGCGAGGGAGCGGGGAGGAGGGCAGCGUGA